AGUAGCGUAGGGGCCGCCUCUAUCAUGGCCGGUGGGGGAGGCGAGGCGGGAGCGUGCGCGGUGUCUCCCCCGCCGCUGCAGGGGCUGCAGCUGGUGCAGCAGGGGGCCGAGGCGCGGCUCUACCGGGGACAGUUCCUGGGCCGGGCGGCUGUGGUCAAGCUCCGCUUCCCCAAGCGCUACCGGCACCCGGCGCUGGAGGAGCGGCUGAGCCGGCGGCGGACGGCGCAGGAGGCCCGCUCCUUGCUGCGCUGCCGCCGGGCAGGGAUUUCUGCACCAGUCGUUUACUUUGUGGAUUAUGUCUCCAACUGUAUAUAUCUUGAAGAUAUUGUAGAAUCAACUACAGUUCGGGAUUAUAUAACUUCUGUACAGCAAAGUGGAAAGGAUACCAGCAACCUCUUUCUCUUAGCAGAAAAGAUAGGUGAGGUUUUGGCACGAAUGCAUGAUGAGGAUCUUAUCCAUGGAGAUCUUACAACUUCCAACAUGCUUUUGCGACCACCAGUAGAAGAGCUGGACCUGGUGCUGAUAGAUUUUGGACUGAGUUUUAUUUCUGGUCUUCCUGAGGAUAAAGGAGUUGAUUUGUAUGUUUUGGAGAAAGCUUUUCUAAGUACUCAUCCAAACACAGACACACUGUUUGAAGCCCUGCUGAAGAAGUACUCUGCUACAUCUAAAAAAUCAAGUCUAGUGAUCAAAAAGCUGGAUGAAGUACGACUACGGGGAAGAAAGAGAUCCAUGGUUGGAUAGAAGAAAGCAGAAUUUGUGGGAGGGUAGGGGAAAUGUAACUUCCUAUGAUGUGCAAAUGUGCUUGUUUAUUAAUUGUUUGGUCUUAUUUCAUAAUUCACCAUUUUGGUAGCUUUCAUUGUCUUACAAAUGUACAAUAAACCAGUUUAAUCCAA